AUGGAAAAAAUAAUACGCAAAUUAGAAACUUAAGGUCAUAUCGAUAUCAAAGAAUUACCUUAAGAUUUAGUUAAAUUCUAUGCUGAAUGCUCUACAAAGGAAAUAUCUUUAGAUUUAUGGAAUAGAAUUGCAAUUUCACUUUAUGAAAAUGGAGAAUCUGAAAAAUUUAAUUCAAUUAUGCAUUAUAUUCAAUCUAUUGAAAUGGAUAAACCUAUUCAUGACACCCCUUCAGGCAGGGUUUACAAAAGAAAUAUCAAUAAUACUAAUAUUUAAGCUUUGAUAGCUAAAGCCAGCAAAGAAGAGAGCAUUGAAUAAAGAAACAAUUAUUUCCAAUAAGCAAUUCAAACGCUUAAUACAUCUAGGAUAAAAGAUGUUAAAUCUUUGACUCAUUCAAUUUAAGGAUUUAUAAAUUUCUAUCAAAACAAAUAAGUUGGUAUAACUUAAAAAAACUUAUAAAAUGCUUGUGUCUAGGAUAAAAAUGAUAUUAUUGAUAUUUUAGGUUAAGCAUAAAUUUUCUUCUUUGCUAAAGAUUAUUCAAAAGCUUUAGAAUAUUUCAAAGAAGCUUUGUAAAAGAAUCCUAAAUUACCAGGAAGGGCAAGACUUGGAUUGGCUUAUUGUUUCUUUAUGCAGAAGAAAUUUGAGCUUUCUAAGAGAGCUUUUUAAAGAGUUAUUGAUUUGGAUAAGACUGUAUAUGAAGCCUAUCUAGGUCUAGCUAUCUUAGCCUUUUAAAGAAAAGAAUGGAAUGUUUACAUUUAAAAUUUGAAUAAAGCAUAUGAGCUAAAUAAAAGCAGUCCUCUUGUUUUAUAUUAUAUUGCAGAGUUUUACUAUAUUUAAUAAGAUAAUGUUAAUACUAAGAAAAUGGCAUUUUAGGCUAUUAACAAUUUAAAAAAUCUUCCUAAAAUAUUGAUGGAUUCUGACAAACUUAAAACAUAUGUUAAAUAAACUAGAUCAGAUUUUUAUGAUAUCAAAUCCAGGUUGUAUCAAAUGAUUGGUAGCUGCUUCCACAGAGAAAAAAAAUAUGAAUUAGCUUAGAAAUUCUAUGAACAAUCACUGUAAUCUAAUAGAGCUAAUAUUCAAUCUUGUUUUUGCCUUGCUUAAAUAUUUAUUCAAAAUCAACAAUACGAUUAGGCCUUUAGAAGAUUAGAAGAAAUUCGUAAUCAAUGUCCAGAAAAUGAAAAAGAAUUGACUUUUGAGUUUUUUAAACCUUUAGCUUAUCUACAAUCAAAGCUUGCACUUGGAUAAAAUAAAUAAACACAACAAUAAUACUACCUAAAAGCACUAAAUUAUAAUCCAUAAGAUUUUGAAGCCUAGUUAGAGUAUGCCAAUAACUUGACUGAUAUUGAUGCUCAUGAAUCUUUACGCUACUUUAAAUAAGCAUUAUCAGUUUUAAAUGAAAAAAAGGAGAGAAUCAAUCCAGAAAUAUAUAAUAAUAUUGGUGUACUUGAAUCUCAUCUCAAAAACUAUCAAAAGGCCAUUGAAGCUUUUGAAUAAGCAAUCAAGUUAGCUGUUUAAUCUAAUCAAGAAGGUGGUGUGAAUGUUUUCUCUAAAAAUUACUAAAAUAAUACAAACGAAAUUGAGACAGACUAAGACAAAGAGGAAUCAGAAACCAAGAGAAAAAGUUUUUUAUGCACUGUUAAAUUUAAUAUGGCUGCCAUGUAUGAAGACCUUAAAUAAAAUGAAAAUGCUUUUAGUUUAUAUUAAGAAGUUUUGAACAUAUGUCCUUACUACUUAGAUUCCUAUGUUAGAUUAGCUUACCUUGAAUUUAAGAAGGGAAGCUUCUAAAAUGCUAUUAAGUAUUGUGAGGAAGCUCUUGUAAAAAAGGAUGAAGCCAAAUCUAAUAAUGUUAGAUCUGAUCUUGUUUUAUGCAUGAAAGGAUAUAUUCAUAGUUAAUAUGAUGACGAUUAAUCUGCUAGAGAAGCAUUUAAUUUAAUAAAAAAAUAGGGUUUUAAUGAUAAUUACUCUAAGCUAUUUGUUUACUACAUGGAUUAUGAACAAUAAAUUGAAAAGAGAGAUAAUUAAGAGUCUUAAAAAAAAAUAAUGAUUAUUGGAGAAAAGAUAAAGGAAAUAUUAGGAUUAGAUCAAACAAAUAUUCAAGCCUUAAUAGUUUUGGCAGUAGUUUUAGCUGAAAAUGGGUAAAUUAAUGAAGCUAAGGAGAUUUUCAAUAGUCUAAAAGAGAAUAUCUCAGUUUUCCCUAAUAUUUUAUUUAACUUAGGUUAGAUCUAAUAUUUGGAGAAAAAUUAUGGAGAAGCUCUUAUGAAUUAUAAAAAAUUCUAAGAAAAAUCAAGUUUGGUCAAAGAUGAGUACCUUCUUACUUAAAUUGCAUUGUGCAACUUGCAUUUGGAAAAAUAUGCUGAGGCAAAAACAUAAAUCAAGAAACUUAUUUUGAGAUAUCCAAGCUCUGUAGUUCAUCGCUAUAAUUAUUAUAUGAUUUAAUUAAUUGAGGUGGAAAAGAUCUUCUCUAAUGCUGAUAGAUCUUUGAAGGAUAAAGAGAAUGCCUUUAUAAUUUGUAAAAGAGCAAAAGAAUUUUUAGAUUUCUUUAAAUCUGAUUAGAAAUGUAAAAAAUCUAGAUCAGAACACUUCAGUACUUAUGUUAAACAAAAGAGAACAGAUUUCUUCAAUUCUAUUUUAGAACAGCUUGAAACUAAAAGAAUGAUGUUAGAAAGUAACAUGCCCUAGUUUGAAAAAAUGCUUGAUGAGGCUAGAUAAAAGUAAUAAUAAUCCCAAGGAUAUCAUUAAAAUGAGGAAGAGGUAUUUAGAAAAUGGAAAAUGGAGUAAGAACUAAAAAAAUCAAAAAUAGAAGAAGAAAAGAGAUUGCAAGAAUUGAAACUUGAAUAAAAGUUUGCUGAAAGAAUUAGAAAAUAGGAAGAGAUUUAAAAAAUAUUAGAAGAAAACAAAGUAAAAUAAGAAGAAAAGAAACAAAGAUCAUCUUCUAAUAAGGGGAAAUCUAAAUCAUCUGGAAAAAGAUAAAAAAAUGAAGAAGAUGAAUUUAUAGAUGAUGAUAAUGGAUUAGAUAAUUUAAGCGAACUUUUUGACGGUGAUGUUGUCGAUUAUGCAGUCUCAGGAGAUUAGCAAGAAUAAGAGGAAAUAUUUAAUGAUGAUGGUGAUGGUGAAGAAGAGAUAUAAUUACCAUAAAGAAAAUUGGAUAGUGCUAAAGAACCAAAGACUCUCAAAAAAAGAAAAUUAAAUAAAAUGAAGAGUAAAAAUAGAGAAGAUGAGAAUGAAUUUGAUGAUUUCGAUGAAAAUUAAGGAGAAUAGGAAUUUUAACAUCAAGAUGAUAAUUAAAUGGAGGAAGAGGAAUAAAUAGUAGUAGAAAAAUAGAAUGAAGUGGUAAAUGUACAAAAGAAGCCACCAAAAAGAAAUCUUGUUUUGGACGAUAAUGAUGACGAAGAUGUAGAGAAUAUGUUCUAAGACUGA